AUGCAGACGUACGUACCACCGCCCACGCAAGGCUCCAUGGGGCCGCCUCCCCUUCCUCAGCCACAAUCAACUCCGACUCCGACUCCGACCACGGCCGCGGCCAAGAUUCCACUCCCACCCUCGCGUAUCUCGACGCCUCACCCCACCGCCACCGCUCCGCCUACGCCCCAGGCCUACGCACACCCCUCGCUUUUCCCUGUGCCCGCACCAUCUCAUCCUGCGACUCACCAGGCAGCGGUUCAGCACGCGACAUCUGGCGCGGCCACGGUGGCCACGGCGGCCGCGGCUCCUCCGGGGCUGCAGGCGAAGCCGACAAGCACGAGCAAGCCUGUUCAUCUGCAGCCAACCAGUCUCUUUGCGCCGCAGAUGAUACAGAAGUCCACCAGCUUGCAGCCGCCCCACACGACACCCGACAGCAUUGUCAGGUCCGCCAGCCUGCCCGGGAACGCACUUGAUCGGCCAUGGACACCUACUGAGACCGGAAUGUGGGCGGGUGUCACCGCUCCGAAGCACGCAGCGGCCGCUUCAAGCAACUUUGGCUCCCCGGAGGCGUUGCACAAGCCCCAGCCGGCCAUGGCUCGCACUGGUGGUGAUGUCGAAAUGGACGACGAAGCCGCGACGGUUCCCACUUUCAGUUCGGAUGGUGACGAUGAUGAUGGUCGUCCGGCUCGUUUUGGAUCAUCUGAAAGCGACGAAGAACCCCCUGCGCCGCUGCCCAAGAAGACCGCAUCGCGUGCGAAGAAGCCCGUUGCUGUCGCCAAGAAGCGUGUCACCCGCCAGGAGCAGGACCUGGAGUCGGACGAGGAGGAAGACGACCAGGAGGUGGAGCCGGAGGAGCCGGUGGGGCGCGCGCUUAGGAAACGCCUGGGCGGUAAGGUUUUGUCUGAGAAGGAAGUCAAGGCCGCGGCAGCUGGGAGUGCGGCAACGUCGGCGGCUUCUGGAUCAGCAGCCAGGGGCAAGACCGUGGUGAAGAUCAUGGCGACGCCCCCUCCUCCUGGUAAGCGCGGUGGAAAGAAGGGUGGUCGGUAA